AUGAGCUCUGAAUUCAGUGAUGAAUAUGCCAGUGUUGACAGCGAAAGUCUCCAUGGUAAUGAAAACUCAUCCAGUGAUGAGCAUGCCAAUAACUUAGUGGAAUCUUUUUGCUCCCAAACACUGGUGGAGGUGGAUGUUACAGAAUUUAACAACGUGAUUGACAAAAUUCACCUAUCUCCCAGAGGUAGAGGUAGAGGCAGAAGCAACAACAGAGGUGGUAGACAAAGCACAAGAGGAAGAGGUGGCAGGGGCACCUAUCAAAUGCCUAUAAGCAUUAGCUCUAAUGGUGCUUUUGAGAGACUUCAACAAAUUAUCAGACUUCAACAUCCUCCUUUCAUAGCUAUCAGUGAGCCUUUCCACAAGGCCGAUCAAAUUGAAAAAUACAAAAGACUUUUGGGCUACACUAAUGCCUAUGCCAACUGUAAUAGCCAAAUAUGGCUACUUUGGAAUGAUCUGAUUGAUUGUAGAGUGGUGGAAGAAACCGACCAACAGGCUACUUGCUUGAUCAACUGGAUGGGUAAUAAUGUUCUUAUCACUACUGUUUAUGCUAAAUGUGAUGCUAAUCUCAGAGAAGCCUUAUGGGACAGCAUGAGGGAUAUAUCUGUGAAUUAUAAUUUACCUUGGUUAAUUGCCGGUGAUUUUAACUGUAUUACUGAUCCUGCCGAAAAACAAGGUGGUACUCCACACAGAAUGUCUAAGAGUUUACCCUUUCUACAAUGCAUCAUGGAUUGUGAUUUGAUUGACCCUGGUUAUUCAGGAUCUAAUUUUACUUGGUGCAAUGGGUGGGCACCUGAUAAGAGAGUAUGGCAAAGACUCGAUAGAGUGUUGAUCAAUCAGGAAUGGUCAAACCUAUUUGAAUCUACUAAUGUCGAUCAUCUAAUAAGGACAGGGUCAGAUCAUUCACCCCUUCUCACUAUGGCUAUUUAUAAUCAGAGAAACCAUGUCAAAUACUUCAGAUUUCUUGACCCGUGGACUGAAGAGCAGGACUUUAAAGAGACAGGGAGUCAAGCAUGGAAUAUUGAGGUACAAGGCUCCCCUAUGUGGAGGUUUCAUCUUAAGCUGAAAAAUACUUGCAAAAAACUUUCUGAAUGGUCCAAAAAUUCGGUGGGUAAUAUCUUUGAUCAAGUUAUUAAUAUGGAGAAGAAAGUGGCCGAGAUGGAGGAUAAAAUGCUCAAUGAUAAUUUUGAAUCUAAUAGGGCCGAUUUGAAUCAUGCCAAUGCUCUUCUUAUCAAAGCAUACAAGAAGGAAGAAGCUUACUGGAAGCAAAAAGCGGGCAUCCAAUGGUUUGUAGAGGGUGAAAUAAAUUCUAAAUUCUUUCACUCAUUUGUAAAAGGCGGGAAAAAAAGACUAUCCCUUAAGAAGAUGAGGAAGGAUGAUGGAAGCUGGAUAGAGGGGGAUGAAGACAUUACAAAUGAGGCUAUAUCCAUUUUUAAGAAUCAAUUCUCUAAAGAAGAUUCUGUUAAAGAUUUUUCCAUUCUUAAUUGCAUUCCUAAAGUGAUCAAUGAUGAUGAUAACGAACAGCUUACUUCUAAUCCAACUAUGGAUGAGCUGAAAGAUGUAAUCAGAUUCCUAAAGCAAUCACUCACACCCGUCUCAUCCUCAUUCCCAAACUGGUAUCCCCUAACCAAACAAAGCUUCAUCAGAUCAACCACUGAUAAUAUCAUGCUUACUCAAGAAAUUGUCCAUAACAUAAACAGAACCUCUCCAGCUGGUAAUGUGGUUUUAAAAUUGGACAUGACUAAAGCCUAUGACAGGGUAUCAUGGGAAUACCUUUGCAAGGUCCUUAGACAGUUUGGCUUUGCUGAAAGGUGGAUUGAUAGUGUUUGGAGACUAAUUACAAAUGUCUGGUACUCUGUCAAUAUUAAUGGGACCAGACAUGGCUUCUUCAACUCCUCCAGGGGUAUCAAACAGGGAGACCCUCUUUCCCCUUCUCUUUUUAUCAUAGGAGCUGAAUUAUUUACUAUAAUGAUGGAAACACUAAAUCAGUCUAAAUUUAUUCCAUUUUCUAUGGAUAAAAAUGGCCCUAAUAUCUCUCAUUUGUGCUAUGCAGAUGAUACUAUUCUUUUCUCCUCAUGUGAUCCUCACUCCCUGGGUCUCCUAAUGAGUAGAUUGGGGGAAUAUGAAGGUGUCUCUGGACAACUUAUCAAUAGAAACAAAUCUGGUUUUUAUGUAACCUUUAAAGAGGACGAUCCUAGAAUCAGCUUGAUAAAAGGGAUUACUGGCUUCAACCAUUGUCAAUUCCCUAUGAUCUAUCUUGGUUGCCCUAUUUACGUUGGGAGGAAAAAAAUAGUCUAUUUCAACACCAUGGUGGCUAAAGUAGCCAGAAGACUAUAG